AGUAACUCAUCUUUGUAAAAAUAAAUGUCUCCUGAAAAGGAUUCAUAGAUGAUCUAGAAUCUGGGGGCGGGUGCUGCUCUUGUAGGGCUGAGAGCCACUCUGAUCUGAUAAUUGACAGAAAAUUGAAAUUGGGAAUUUUUUCAGUGCUUAUUUUUAUAAGGUUACUUUUAGAAAUUACUGUGAAAGAAAAUAUUCAGAUUUCAUAAUAGAUUACUUAAAACACAUGUUCAAUGAUUACUGUCUUAGGAUACUUUCUGAUAAAAGGUGAACUUCAGCAAGUUGAUCAUUGUUAACUUUUCAACUGUGACAUCGUGCACUUGGAGCUUCUAAGCCCUCCCAGAGUGCAGUGUAAUCGUGGAAAGUUAACUACUGAUGAAACCGUUUAAUGGAAUCCUGAACAACUUCAAAAAGCUGAGCAUUUAAUCUUUUAAAAUCAGCGGGGGUGGGGGAGUGGGAUGGGUUUGUGGAGUUUUGAUUUAGCAGUUGGGCACAACACUGACCCUGUAACAAAGGACCCCUCCGGCUUUUUGCAAGGUUCUCGGUUAUUGUUCAAAGUUUAAAUGCAGUGUCUCAAUAAUUCUGAAAAUUAAGAAGGCAGAAUAGCACUCUAAGGAAUCAGCAGGGACAGAAUGCCCUUGUUUCUCCCUUUCCCCACGUGUGAAAUAGAGGGGUUUAAGUAGAUUUAAUACCCAAGACAAUUACCUUUAUGGUCAUUUCAAAGGUGGAUGCUGAGACUGCGGCGGGGUCAGCUGAGGUUUUUUGGUGGGAAGGCGGACCUGAGCCACCAGGGACUGACGCCUGGGGGCGGGACCUAGCAGAGUGGGCGGGAGGAGAGGGCGCGGCCAGCAUUGGCCGUCACAGCGGGCGCGGCGCAGGGAGACGCGGAGCAGCCAUGGCCGCCGCCGCUCGCGCUCGGGUCACCCACUUGCUGAGGCAACUGCAGCGAGCAGCAUGCCAGUGCCCUACUCACUCUCAUACUUAUUCACAAGCCUCUGGAUUUUCACCUUCUGGGAAAACAACAGAUUAUGCCUUUGAGAUGGCUGUUUCAAAUAUUAGAUACGGAGCAGGGGUUACGAAGGAAGUGGGAAUGGACCUACAGAACAUGGGUGCUAAAAAUGUUUGUUUAAUGACAGACAAGAACCUUUCCCAGCUCCCUCCCGUACAAAUAGUUAUGGAUUCUCUAGUGACGAAUGGCAUCAACUUCAAGGUUUAUGAUAAUGUGAGAGUAGAACCAACUGAUAGAAGCUUCCUGGAAGCUAUUGAGUUUGCCAGAAAGGGAGCUUUUGAUGCGUAUGUUGCUGUGGGUGGUGGCUCCACCAUGGACACCUGUAAAGCUGCUAACCUGUAUGCGUCCAGCCUUCACUCUGAUUUCCUAGAUUAUGUCAGUGCCCCCAUUGGGAAGGGAAAGCCUGUGUCUGUGCCUCUUAAGCCUCUGAUUGCAGUCCCAACUACUUCAGGAACUGGGAGUGAAACUACUGGAAUUGCCAUUUUUGACUAUGAACAGUUGAAAGUAAAAAUUGGCAUCGCUUCGCGAGCCCUGAAACCCACGCUGGGGCUGGUGGACCCGCGGCACACCCUGCACAUGCCCGGCCGGGUGGUCGCCAACAGCGGCUUCGACGUGCUCUGCCAUGCCCUGGAGUCUUACUCUGCCCUUCCUUACCAUAUGAGGAGCCCCUGCCCUUCAAAUCCCAUUUUUCGGCCAGCCUACCAGGGCAGCAACCCAGUCAGCGACAUUUGGGCAGUCCAGGCACUGCGGAUCGUCGCUAAGUAUCUGAAGAGGGCUGUCAGAAAUCCUGAUGAUCUUGAAGCACGGUCCAACAUGCACUUGGCAAGUACUUUUGCUGGCAUUGGCUUUGGAAAUGCUGGUGUUCAUCUGUGCCAUGGAAUGUCUUACCCAAUUUCAGGCUUAGUGAAGACAUAUAAAGCAAAGGAUUAUAAUGUGGAUCACCCACUGGUGCCUCACGGCCUUUCUGUUGUGCUCACCUCCCCAGCAGUGUUCACUUUCACCGCACAGAUGUUUCCUGAGCGGCAUCUGGAAAUGGCAGAGAUACUGGGAGCUGACACCCGCACUGCCAGGGCCGCAGAUGCUGGGCCUGUUUUGGCCGACACGCUCCGGAAAUUCUUAUUCGAUCUCGAUGUUGAUGAUGGCCUAGCUGCCAUUGGUUACUCCAAAGCCGACAUCCCCGCAUUAGUGAAAGGAACACUGCCCCAGGAAAGGGUCACCAAGCUUGCACCAUGCCCUCAGUCAGAAGAGGAUCUGUCUGCCUUGUUCGAAGCAUCAAUGAAACUGUAUUAAUUUUCAUUUUCACUGAAAGAAUUACCAUUGGCUAUCAUAGUUCUGAAAUCAGAAGUUGAUCUAGCCAGAGCUUUGUCUUUUUAUCUCCUCCCAUAACUUACGAGUCACCAGU